AAAAAAGCCUCUUAGAAAAGGAGAGCGAGAGAGAAGGGGCAUACGGAGUUGUUGGACCUGCCUGCUUUGUGUAAUUUUAACACAAGAGAGGGCCAGGAAGGCAGAGAGUGAUUUUGAUUGCAACCGUCUCGGGUGAAUACGUACGUGUGCUUGAAAGUAGUCGUUGGAACGCGUUUAUUUUGGAAAGUAUCUUGUCGAGAUUUAUCACCGAAGACCGACUGACGUAUCGGUGAAGACGUUCUUUUGAUCUGAGACAGAGAAAAAAAGGAGAAAUUGUAUUGGUUCCAGAUAUUUUUUUGGAAAAGAAGAUUGAAUAGAUUUAUAGAGAAGAGCAGUCGACACUUAGACUUGUUUUGUUUACAACCAGGAAGUGGCUCCUUCCGUUCCGCCAUAUUUGCCAGCUGUAUACUGCGCCACCCUGAGAAGCUGACCAGAAGAUAUUGUGUAUUACGGCGCCGUGGCCAAGAGUUCGCAUACAUGCGGACACAUUCCCGUUAUUUGUUUUGCACAUAACAAACUUUGCAGGAGAUGUAUCCGCCAUCCCCGCCAUCGUGCGAUUUCCAUGCCGCAAUUGGCGAAACACUUGGCCAGCACGUCGUGUCCAAACUUGUGCACACUUUUCCUGCACCCUCAAAACACAGCAGCCACCAACAUUUGGUCACCAACCACCACCACAACAACAACAACAGUGCCAAUAACAACCAUCGACGACAGGCACUGAUGAAGAAACCUGGCAGAAAAGUCCGCCCUACUCUAACGGGGCUGCAAAGUCGGCACCACCCUAACCAGAAGCACCCCUCUUUGGGUAGAGGCCACCCUUCGCGAUUCAGCGAUCUCAACAGCAACGACAACAACGCAGGCGGUUCCUCGGAGGUGGGCGUAAGCUCUCCAGUCGGGGAACUUGCUGCUAGUCGGAAUCCGGUGGCCGCUGGUGCCCACUUCCACCAGAAAGGGGCGCCGAAGAAAGAGGUGGGGAAGUCUAAAGUUGGAAGACCAGACAAGACGUACUUUCCUAGUGGCCAGACGUUGUUCACCUUGAGCAAAUGUGAAAACCCAGUCCAAUCUUUGCACAUUGUCAGACAAAAAAACAUCAAGCACGGUGUGCCUGUGAAACUUUACUCUCAAGUGAAGCGAAAUGAAAAUGUUUAUCGGCAGGAAUCUCCGCUGAACUUGUACCACAGAGAAGGGAAGAAGCCACUUAACACGGCUGAUAAUUUUAAGAGCACCAAUCCCAACAAAGCAGAAGUGACCUCUGAAGAAGAGAACCUCAAAGAUGGCGAGAGCUACUACGCAGGCGCAAAGUUCAGCGAACCCCCGUCUCCCAGCGUUCUGCCAAAGCCCCCAAGUCACUGGGUGGGAGACAACACUCAGCAGCAUUCCGACUCUUGCAGAGAGCUAAUGACUGUCCAUCUAAAGACUCUGCUGAAGGUUCAGCCAUCUCCUUAAGUGACAGUGGAGAUCACAACAUACCCGAUUGACUAAUUUGGCACUGAAGAUCAUUUUUGUUUAGUACUGGAUGUGGAAUCGUUGCAACAGAAUAGCUUGGACUUUUUAGGUUGUGUCCGAAUUGACAUUUGUGUUGAACAGCGGCCUUGUAUAGUUUAUUGACAUUUUUAAUGGACUUGUGGAAAUGUAAAUAUUGUAAACCUUGUAAUAUUGUGUAUAUUUUUUCAUGUUCUUUUAACUAAAGUAAACUAUAGUUUUGUUACUGAAGCCUAUAUGUAUUAUGCGCCAAAAAAAAGCUGGUGCACUUUAUAAAUUGUUUUAUUUUGUCUAUGAAACUGAUGUCAAAAAAAAAUGACUGUGAAACAUGUUAGGGCACAAACAAAGUGAGAUGCCUUUUAGGCGAUCUUACAUAUUUGCACAAGACUUGUAAACUAGACAGGUGUUCAAGUAACUGUUGUGUAGCAGAACAACCUGUGGCCUCCUGAAGCCAACCCCAACUUGAGCAGCUGCUAUGUAUGCACUACUGAGGGAGCAGGUCAACAGCAAACUCGGGGAACAAUCAGCGGCGCCCAGACGUCUGCAAUGAAUUGUGAAGGUUUCAUCAAGAAUCAAGUGUUGUAGCCUCAGAUGAAGAAAAAUACUUGCUCGACAAAAUUUGAAUUUACUUUUUAUUUUUAAUUCAUUUGCUAGUUUACCAGCAUUGAACAUUUCCUUGAACAUCUUUUCUUUUUUAAAAUAAUAAUCAAGACUGCCUGUGCUUCCUUAAUUAUUAACACUGAGAUGUGCAUAAGUAAUAAAUCCAGACUUUUUUUUUUUUUUUUUUUUUUUUUUUUUUUUUUGGAAGGUUGGCAAAAAGUCUAAGAGGAAAUUUUAGUCUUUUUUUUUUUUUUUAGCGGGGCAGCGAUUUUUUUAUGUUCUUCAAUGCUGAAAAAUAACACAAAUGCAAAAAAGAUACAAUGUUAAAAAGUCAAGACUUUUUUUGUUGCAACAUUACAAAUUUUAUUUGUUUAAAAAAAAAAAAAAGUGACAUUUUAUCUGCUAAACAAUACUGCUGAUUUCCCAUUUCUUUGAAAUUGGAUAUAAAAAAAAAAAAAAUAAAUUUAUUUGGCCUCCCCA